UUCCACUUGGCUGAUUUCUGGCGUCGCAUCAGAGAAGAAGAGGAAGGAGGAGGCAGUAGGAGGAGCUGAGAGCAGCAGAGGGAGCGUCAGGUAGCAGAUGAACAAAUAACCCAGUUAAUCAGCAGCUUCAUAACCAGCUGAAUCCAUAAGAAACAGGCUAACGUAGAUGUGUCUAGCCUUUGAGGAGAAGGAGAUGGAGUCUGAAGAGAAUCUGCUGAGUGCUUACCUGCUGCUGUUGCUGCUCGGAUCACACUUCACUCUGGUGGGUCCCUCAACCCCUGAGGAGGGCUGGCAGGUCUACAGUUCAGCUCAGGACUCAGAGGGUCGAUGUGUUUGUACAGUGGUGGCUCCUCAGCAGACUGUCUGUUCCAGAGAUGCUCGAACCAAGCAACUACGACAACUGCUAGAAAAGGUGCAGAAUAUGAGUCAAUCCAUUGAAGCGCUAGAUCAGCGGUCUCAGAGAGAUCUACAGUUUGUGGAGAAGAUGGAAGUUCAGCUGAAAGGUCUGGAAAACAAAUUCAAACAGGUGGAAGAUGGACAUGAGAGCAACAUUGCCAGACAGUACAAGUCCAUCAAAGCAAAGAUGGAGGAGUUAAGGCCUCUCAUCCCAGUUCUGGAGUCCUACAAAGCAGAUGCACUGUUGGUCCGCCAGUUUAAAGAAGAGGCAGCGAAUGUGACGGAGCUGCUGGGAUCAUUGCAGGAACAGCUCGGAGGUCUGGACUACCAGGAGCUCCACAGCCGGGUGAUAAGCCUGGAGGACCGACUGAAGGCUUGCAUGCAGAGGCUAGCUUGUGGGAAGCUCACAGGAAUCUCCGAGCCAAUCACCAUAAAGACAUCUGGAUCUAGAUUUGGAUCAUGGAUGACUGACCCACUUGCUCCAGCUGGAGACAACAGAGUAUGGUACAUGGAUGGGUACCAUAACAAUCGCUUUGUUAGGGAGUACCAGUCCAUGUCUGACUUCAUGAUGACAGACAAUUUCACCUCUCACCGACUUCCUCAUCCCUGGUCUGGUACUGGGCAGGUGGUUUAUAAUGGAUCUCUUUACUUCAACAAGUUUCAGAGUCACACAAUCAUUAAAUUUGACUUCAGCACAUCGCUCAUCAGCAGAUCGCGACAACUUGACUUUGCUGGUUACAACAAUAUGUACCAUUACUCCUGGGGUGGGCACUCAGACAUUGACCUCAUGGUGGACGAGGGUGGGCUGUGGGCUGUAUAUGCUACCAAUCAAAAUGCUGGUAAUAUUGUUCUUAGCCAGCUAAACCCCAACACCCUACAGAUCAUCCGCAGCUGGACCACCAACCAUCCAAAACGCAGCGCUGGUGAGGCCUUCAUGAUCUGUGGAACCCUGUAUGUCACCAAUGGGUACUCAGGUGGAACCAAAGUAUACUAUGCCUUUUCCACCAACUCAUCCACUUAUGAGUACAUCGACAUCCCUCUGACCAACAAAUACAGCCACCUGUCUAUGCUUGACUACAACCCUCGAGACAGAGCGCUCUACGCCUGGAACAAUGGCCACCAAGUUCUUUAUAAUGUCACACUUUAUCACAUAAUACAGUAACAAUCAAUAUUAGCCACUCUCACAUUCAAAAGAAAAAACAAAUCAAGACCCCACAAUGUUACUGCAAUCACAGUACACACGAUCCCUUACACAGGAUGCUCUGUGGGCCUUUACAAAGUAAUGCUCCAAAAUUUUAUACAAUUAAAGAAUAAAUAUGAUUUUCCUGAAAACAUUAGGUCAUAUCAAACUAUACAACUAAAUAAAAAAAAUAGAAUAAAUCCUAAAGUACUCUGACUUUUAGAGGGUCAAAAGAAAAUAGAAAAUAGUUAUCAGGUCAGUUUAUUUGCUUCCUGGACAGAGAGUGGUGUAUUAGCUACAAUUAGCUUAGCUCCAUCUGAAGAGAAAAAAAACCUUCCAAAAAGCUGAAGGCUGGGUCCCUGAUUCUCCUCUUGUCCACACAUUCCUCUCUAACAGAAACUUCAUCAUCUUAAAAAAUGACUCACCUGCAUGUGAAAUCUUCAGGGAACUGCUAGCCCUGAGAUAGAAGAGAGCCCAUUCUGAAAGCGGAACCACUAACUUUACAGCCCUUGUCAGUAUAUAGGUAGUGACUUAAGAUUUAGUUCAGGUUUAGAGAAAUAUUUUGAUUGCCAGUAUAGGCCUUUAAGGUGUCAGCUGGUGUACUCAAGAGUAGAACCGGGAUCAAAUCAGGAAACCCGUCUAUGUGAUGCUGUGUUUGAACACUUCAGGUGCUAUUACAUUUUUAGACCAGUCCAUUAAAUAUGUCAAAAGAACAUAAGAGGAAUCUAAGAGAGUGUUGGGUUUUUUUCUGUCAUGAUGGAGCUAGCUAACCAAACCAAAUGUUCUCAGUAGCUGUGCCCCAAAAUGUCGGCUGCAUCCUCCUGAGGCCACAUUUGUAGGCCAAUCACGUCACAGCCAGGCAACAAAGGCUGUCCCAAUUCGUCGACUCCUUCAAAUGCGGCCGACAAAUGCAUUCUUCAUUUCCCUGAAUUUGAAGUA